GCGAUACUCCUGCAGAGCCCGGACGGCACCCUGUCGCUCGGCCUGCCCGCGGGCGCGCGGCUGCCCGAGGCGCCGCUGUCGCCACGGUGUGGCAUCGCUGGCGACGGGGCGGCGGACCAGGCGAUGCCGCCUCUGCCGGCAGGCCUGAGCCACGUCGACGUCGAGUGGGCCUACAAGAGGCACGAGGGGGGGCUCGACGCAUUCUGCGGGCUUCUGCUCGCCGAGUUCGCCGCGGAGUUCCUGUACUGCACCACGCUGGCGGGGGUCGCGCGGGAGUCGGUGCGCGAGGUGGCGUCUGUCUACACCACGUUGUCGCUCACUACGCUCUGGAACGCGUUCUGGAUAUUAUUCGCGUGCGAGAUAGUCGGAUUUACCCUAUGCGGGUAA